UCUGUAAAAUAAAUGAAAUAUUCCAUUCAGGUGAAAAAUCCCGUGUCUCAAUCUCCGGCACAGGAUUCAAACGAUAUUGUACGUCUUGUAUGUAAAUUAAUGAUUCGUUUCAUUUCAUUCGUCUAAAACUAGCUUUGUUUUAAAAACUUGUGUUUUACGCUGCUUAAUGCUCCUGAAAUUACAAGUUUUGGUUGAGUUACGUGUCGUACAAGAUCCUUGCUCGAAGAUUUUAUCAGGACACCUUUUUCGUUUUUUUUUUGUUUGUAUUGUUUUUGUUUUAUCUUUGCUGACCAAUUAAUUCAAAGACAUCUCUCGCAAUUAUUGGUCAGGCAAACACGAAGAAACAGCUUUCUUCUUAACAGCAAGAUGUUUUCUUUUCUACAAUGUUUUUGAGACGUAAUUAAGCAAAAAUAAUCCAUGAACAGUCCAUAUUACAAAAUUCAGACCGAUCAGGGGCCCAAAACAUUUAUCCCUGAAUUAUUUUUGCCAAAUAAUUAAUUUGCCAUUUAUGUUCCCUGUGACAAGCCGACCAGUCAAGUUUUUAGCCUAGUCAUCAGUGACCACAGAACGAGCCUCAUUUCCAAAUCGUCGAAAUAAGUAAUAACUCCUCGAAUGAGGAGCUACGUUGUUUCUUUAGAAAUAAUUCCAAACAUUGUCCAUUAAAGAGAUAAUUUUUAAGUUUAAUGCGUCAUUUAACUGAGUCACUUCUAGAAUAAAACCAGAGGGCCGAAAUUUCUAUGAAACACCUUGUUUCAGCCAGCCCCGCCAAUAAGAGUCAUAGGUGCAGGCCAAAUCUUACUUUUCUUUCGCAUUUUAAUAUAAUUUUUGGCGUCGUUUUCACUUUAAUUUGGGGAUCUUUUUACGCCAACAUAACAAUAAUUCUCUGAGCAUCUCUAUAAGCAAAAACUGUCUGGCUUGUUUUCAACCGCUUGUUAACUAUUUGGUUAGUCCACAACACGUCAGUAAAAAGUUAAACGAACUGAUUUGCACCCGCUAGCAUUAUAUUAACCUGUGAAUUAUACAAAACCAUUUUACUUAAAGCCGCCGACAAGUUAUUUCACAGUAUGUAGUCAAAUGCCAGAUGUUUCGAAGUUUUAGUCAGCCAGCAUCACGAAACAGCCGUAGACAUAAAUCAAAAUGCGGCUAUUUGAGUCGAGUUACUUCAAAACAGAGAAGUUGACCAAUCACAUCGUUAAUUCAGAACAAUGGAUGGGGAUCCUUUUCGCUGACAGGCCAAUGGCUUUAAGGAAACUGCAUGCUAUGAAAAAAAAAACAAGCAAUGUAAAUGGUAAGAUUGUUUGUUCGCCGUUACGGACAAAAAAAUAAUAUUUCUAUCUUACACUUAAAUCUAUUUGUAAGAGUGGCGUUCGCGGGAUUGGCAAACUUCGACCACUUCUGGCUUUUCUUUCUCGCAGACUAACCAAACAUGAAUAUGAGCUGUCUCAACGAGCGACUGAGCAUUGCGGCAUCCACCAUUCUCUCACUAUGGCUCUGUUUGUCUGGUUUAGCAGCUGUCAUUGGAAAUGCAGUGGUGCUGUGGUUGUUCUACAAAAACGAGCCUUUACGAACAAUUUCAAACCGCUUUUUGGCCUCCUUGUGCGUAGCAGACUUUCUAGUGGGGCUUGUCAUAGACCCUGUCUGGAUAGCCAUCCGAUUUGCCACUCAGCCUCAAAGAACUCACAUUUUGAAACAAGUUAUAAACUUGCUGUGGAUUCACACAACUGCCGCUACAGUGUUUAACCUCUGCUGUGUUUCUGUAGACCGAUUUAUUGUCAUUCGCUUUCCUUUUCGUUAUCAGGACAUUAUGACCAAGCAAAGAUGUUACGCAGUGAUUAUAAUAGUGUGGUUGAUCUCAGUGUUUCUUCCUUUGUCCAGGAUUUUGGUAGAUAAUCGGACUAACAUUGAAAGCCUGUGGUUUUCUUUAACAUUUAUUACUUUCGUACUUCCAAUAACGGUUGUCACCUUGUGCUAUUUUGCCAUUUUUAAAGCCGCCAGAAAACAAGCAAGCAGAAUAAAAAGAGAAAAUCUUCAAAACUCCAACAAAAUGAACGCUCCUGUUCGUGCUAUGCAAAAUUACAAAGCUAUCAAAACUAUUGGUUUUGUGUUGGGUGUUUUUAUUGUUUCAUGGAUGCCUUCUAUAGUGGUUUCAGUUGUAGAUUAUGUGACAGCAAGCGACAAGUGCGUUGAUCAUAAACUGGCCUAUGUUGUGUGGCCCUGGAUUGAGGCAAUCGCGCUUACAUCAUCGGCGAUCAACCCGUGGAUUUACUGUUUCCGAAAUGGAGAGUUUCGCGAAGUUUUGCACUGCAAUUUUGAGUGUCGACCGCCGUGGGUUACCCUGGAUUCAAAUAGAAAUUAGAGAAAAACUAUAUUGUAUUUGUCGUCUGGAAAUUAAUUAAAAAAUUCAUUUCGUUUUAAAUCCUUGUCAAGUUACCUAUUCUCUCGAUGACAUGCGAUGUGUACACAGUCAUAUAGAGCGGGUUACAAUUGUCGUAAGACCAAAACCAAAGUAAUCACUCUAGCUAGUCACAAAGCGCACAGACAACACAGUGAACCAAUCAAAAGUCAGAGUAAUUACAUGUAGCCAAUCGUGUAGGGUAAUGAUGCGAAACCAAUUACUUUUCCACACUGAAAUGAAAUCCGCUCUUAAGGCUGUCUAAGUAUUGUUCGAUUCGUUAUUGGGGAAUUGCUAGUUGAGCUACCGACCGAACAAUCUACAAUCCUGGUUUGAAUAUAAAAUGUGAAAUAUAACUACUUCUCUCUCCGAACCGAUGACUCGCGCUUAAACUAAAACACACCAUUCUUGUCCAUCAUUGAAUUUGGGCAUGAGGGGUGUUCUUAAAUCCUUAGUAUAAAUUAACUUGCAAGACUGAGGCUUAAUAGAUAUUUUUUACAAGUUUGUUUCAUAGAAAGUGAUUGCUGUGCUCACUCGAGGAGGACUAAGAAAAAGAUUAACUCGCGUCAACUGUAGAUGUUAAAUAAAUUGGAGUAAAAGCCAACGCAGGCUUUAGAUGAAAACUUGAUAAAUAUUACGACGAAAUUGAAAUGUCCUUUUAGCUGGUGCCAAAGCGAUGGCGACGAUCCUCGAAACAAAUGGUAUAUAAUAUUUCAAACUUCAAUUUACUCAGUGUAGUUAAGGCAUCGCAACAUAAUAUACAUAAUUACCAUUCCCCCAAUAACCCGUAUGAACACAGUAUAUUUUAUUCUCUUCGUCUCCUUGAAUUUUCAGUAAUCCAUUUGAUACACUGAUCAGAAGAAAACAGGAACGAAUA